GCUUCUUCGGCCGAGCUUGUGUACGAAGAACGCUUUCGAAGAAAGUUCCAGUUGCCGUGGAACUGUGACACGAUCAUCCGCGAAGCGAAACACUCGCCGUAUUCCGGCAGCGAUCGCAACAAAGUGCUACUACGAAAGGAAUUACUGUCAUCGGCCGUUUUAUUCUUUCGUCAGUAAAAUUCAUAACCCGGUCGACGUGAAAGUUUAGAAAUUCAAUAUAAACAAAAUAUCUUUCGACAAAUGUUUCCCGUGAUGGGAAAUUCUAAAAAGAGUUGGCAGAGAAAUUUUUCGAAAAUUUGGUAAACGCUAGACAUUAAACAAGGGAAUAAAGAAAAAAUGAAGAAUUAUAGUACGACGUUUAGGUUGAUGCUCGUUUGCCUUUUUCUUUGCUCUGAAAUUCGCGCAGAGGAUCAAUUUCGAAGGAUUCGUCGUAAAAUCGACGAGGAUCGUUAUUGCAAUUUUGACGAAGCUCGAAGCAAUUAUAAUGCCACGGAUUUAUUAAGGUGUAUCGACGAAUUGGCUGUCGAUCUCAUCGAUCGAGAAAGUGGCGUGCUAAAAGUAUCCAAUGGAAAAGGUCAAUCGAAUGGAUUCACGGGCAGGCAGAUCUCUUUUAUGGAUGUUCUCUCGAGUGUUUUCAAUAACGCUGCGACGUCGCAUCAGAGCAGCUCCCUUCCGGUGUACCCGAUUUCCGACUAUCAGCAAUCGAAUUAUCCGAGUGAAACCGUCGGUCUUUCUCCUGGAUUCCAACUGAAUCUGCUCGAUACGCUGUCCACCAUAUCCAGCCACGAUGACUACAAGUGUGUGCCCAGGAUACUCUGCGAGAUGGCCAGCGGAAAACUUCCUGGAAGAUCGUUAGGCAAACAGGGCUCCAGCUUCUUCGAGUUGUUCGGUCGAAAUGUUUUCACGGACUGGCUAACGAAAAUCGAUGUCGCUGGAAUGUCUCCAUUGCUGAACUUUGGUAGAGCGAUGAUUCUCGGGUAUAGCAGUCGAGGAAAUUCUGUGGCCUGCUACGAAGCGUUUCCAAAAUGUCCAAGAGACACGAAUGGAUUGAUUUACUAUCUGAAUAACUAUAAUGGAGGGUUUUUCAAUCUUUUCAACAGGAUUCGGGGUGGAAAAUAUAGGACGUCUAACGGAGAUCCUGGUCAGCCAGUUAAUGAUUAUUCGAAGAUCGAAGUGAGGGAAAGAAUAGUCGCUGGAAGCUCGACGAAACACAUUCGGAAUGAACCAGUGCGAAAUACGGUUCAAUUCCCGCCUAUAAAAUACCAAGAAUAUUAUGCAAAAAGAGAGUAUCCAAGAUUUGAUGCGAUAAGAAAUUACAAUGCCAUUACUUUUCCGGAUCAAAGAGAAUUAAGCAUCGAACCAACGAAUAGUUUACAGGAUGACGUUCCAAAAUCGGAACCGUACGUUUGGCAAAGAGAGAACGUUGCAUUUUUUCCCAAAGAAAACGAAGACAGAAGAAUCUCUCAAUUUCGAUUUCCCUCGAGUUUUACAAUCGCACCGUCGUAAUCCCAAAUUGUAGAUAAAACACGGAAAUACGUAACUAAAUACCUGAGUGAAUCCAAUCCAUAUAAUUAAAUAAAGGUUUCCAUAAAACGCAUAAAAUCAUAGAAUAUUCUAAACUCCUUAACUCGUCUUCGGGGGAUUACGACCGCGAUAAAAUAUCGAAUUUCAAUUUUGCAUCGCAUAAACCAGGCGCCUUCCGCCGUGCGUUGCGAAUUUGCGGAUUAUCAGCGGCGAGAGAACCGCUGCAAAGACGCGAUACAGGUUUCCGCGAGGCAACGUCGUUUAUUUCGUCAGCGUUGCUCCCAUCGGCAAUUUUCUAUCCACCUGUACGCGAUGCGCUCAUAACAGGAAGUCCCGAGUCGCCGGUGAACGCGAUGUUACUGGCGCGGACGCCAUUUGUGGAAACAGCAUGGGGCGCCGUUAGAGUACCGACAACUUGUCCAAUGAAUCUGCGCCCGAGUAUGAGCCGCUUUAUGUCUCAGUUACGCGGCACGAUAAAUUCUAUUUUAUCUCGAUUCGAUUUCCUGCUUGCUACCGGUGCAUUUGUAUGCGUGCUCGCAGGUGUGAGACUUUUUCAGGGGCAACGAAGGACGAUGAAAGAAAGCACGGGGAAUCUAGAGUAACAUAUAAGUAAUAUAAACGGAAGAUAAGUUAAUAGAAUUAUAUAUAUAUAUAGGUAGAAGGAAGAUGCUAUAGUAAUAUUUGAUUACUUGCAGAGUAAAUUAUUAAUUGGACGUGACGUUGGAAUUUAUUAAACUCGUCUGUUUAGAAUAGUAUUGUGAAGAAGUUAAUUACGAAUGAAUGGAAUUUGUAGAAAAUCGGAUUCAUGAGAAUUUGACUAUAGUAAUGUUGGCAAUGGUAAUUGAUUAUAAGGAAUUGAGUUAGGAUAAUUUGGCGCGGCUAUGGAGUCAGAAUAACGAGUAAUAAAUGAAUUACCAUUAAUUACAAUUUUACGUGAUAAAUGAUAUUAUAUUAUCGAUAACUGCUACAGGCACUGCUGUUUCUAAAAACAUACCUUUAAAGUAAUUAAUUAUUACUCUUACCUAAAAGGAAAAAAAAUGGUACAUACGCGGUUAAAUAUUCACCUCGAGUUAAGUAUAUUUCAGCUGAAAUAUUUUUAAGUGGAUUCGUUUUUGCUAUUUUCGUUUUAUAUGAGAAAUGUCAACUUUCUAAGUAAUAAUAAACACGAACGAGCCUAUUAUCAUGAUGUUUCGAGGGAGGAGCUGCGAACGACGGCGAAUAUGUUCACAGACACGCGAAUGGUCCCGCUAUAGUUUACUUCCACGUUAAAUCCAUGUUUUCGAGAAGUCAUACUUUCACGCGUAUCUUUCAUUGCGAUUAUUUCGCGAGAGAAGCGAUCAUUUUCACGGUGCAGAUAGGAGACAGGUAACAAUCAAUAGCGACGGUACGUAUUUAUCGUAGCUUACGUGCGAGUAAGAAUUAAAUUAUGCAAAACCUCAUAAUAAUGCGUUAUAGUCAACCCCUUGCUUCGCUAACCAACAUAAGGGGUUACUAGCGUUAUCGUACGCUCGUUAAAAUCGCACAUCUCUCGCUAAAAACUAUCCUUCAUCCAUCUAAAUGGCACUUUCGCGUUUACCGUAAUUAUAUCUGUCUGUUCUCUUACCUAUGUCCACCAUCGUUUCUAUAGUACAUUAUAUGUAGAAGUUCUGAUAAAUUGUUCAACGAAACCUCUCUCUCUCACUCUCUCUCUGUAUAACUUCAAAUAAAUUCUAGUAAUUUAUGACUUUCGAAUUUUUACAUCUCAAUACAUUCCUUUCGUUUCAACGCACAAAAAGGCUUUCGGUAUAUAUACGUGAUAUGCAUAAAACCGAGUAAUGAUAUAUA